UCCGCGCGCGAAAUGUCUGCGCCCGCGCAUCUCCUCCUGCUGAUAUGCGUCGCGUGCGCAGCAGGACAAACAGAAAUAUUUAUUGGUGUAACGGAGCCGGACCCGCUGCGCGGGCAGCAGCUGGCGGCGGCGGUGGCGGCGGCGCUGGGCGGCCGCGCCCCGGGCGCCCCUCCCGCGCCCCCCGUUGAGCCCGAUGAGCCAUUAGCCGUGCCCGCGCAUAUUUGUUCACAGGCGCGCGCAGGAGCAAUGGGCGUGGCCCUGGGCGGGGGCGCGCUGGCGGCGGCGCUGGGCUCCGAGGCCGGCGCGCGCGCAGGCUUGCCGCUCCUGCUGCUGGACGACGGGCACAACACUAACGGAGACGCGCUCGCUAUGCACCCACACCCAACUGUACUCGCACAGGUGUGCUCGGAGCUGUGCGAGGCGAAGGGCUGGCGCCGCGCCGUGUUCCUGUACGAGGGCAGCGCGGCGGGCGCGGCCCUGAUCGCGCCCGACAGCGCCGCGCUCGAGCUGCUCCCGCGCAUGCUGCCGCCGCCGCGCGACGAGGCGCUGCUCAGGAACCUACUUCUCUUGCUGAAGAAAUCGGGCGCGAUGAACUUCAUCGUGUGGUGCUCCGCGGCGUGCUGCGCGCGCGUGCUGGACGCGGCGCAGCGCGUGGGCCUGCUCGCGGACACGCACUCCUACAUCCUGCUCACCCUGGACUUGCACACCCAGGCCUUGGAACCCUACAGCCACGGAGGAGCGAAUAUUACCACAUUCCAGCUUUUCGAUCCCGAGUCAGAAGGCAUGAGGUCAAUGCUCAGCAAAUGGAAGGCGGCUUACCUGUCCCGGCUGUCAGGCGCCGCCGACGUGUCCGCGGAGGUGUCGCGGGUGCUGCGCGCGCCGCCCACGGCGCUCGUGCUGGCGUACGACGGCGCCGUGCUGCUCGGCGCCGCGCUCGACCGCCUGGCGCUGGGCCCGGCGCCCCCGGGCGACUGCGAACGCGGGCGGGGCUCUUUUCAUGCGGGGUCGCUGAUUAAUUAUAUAAGAUCGGAGGAAUGGAACGCGUCGCUGUGCGUGAGCGGCGGCGGCGCGUCGUGGGAGGCGGACGGCGGGCGGCGCUCCGUGCGGCUGGGCGUGGCGGAGCUGGCGCGCGGCGGCGGGCUGCGGCGCGCGGGCGAGUGGGCGCCGCGCGCCGGCGUGGCGUGGCGGCGCCGCGCCCGGCCCGCGCCCGACCGCCCCGCCGACUCCAUGGAGAAUAGGACCUUCACGGUUUUGAUUGCUCUCAAUUCUCCGUACGUGAUGGUGAAGGAGUCUACCGAGAGAUUAUCCGGAAACGAGCGCUACGAAGGGUACUGCAUCGAGCUGAUCGAGCGGCUGGCCGAGCACCUGCACUUCAACUACACGUUCGAGGAGCAGGCGGACGGCCAGUACGGCAAGUACGACGAGGGCGCCCAGCGGUGGGACGGCAUGACGGGCAGGCUCAUCAACGAACCGGAUAUCGACUUCGCGAUCACAGACCUGACGAUCACGGCGCAGCGGGAGACGGUGGUAGACUUCACCACGCCCUUCAUGAACCUGGGCAUCACGAUCCUGUUCCGCAAGGCCGAGGAGCCGGAGCCGGAGCUGUUCGCCUUCCUGCUGCCGUUCUCCAACUCGGUUUGGCUCUGCCUAGGUUUCGCCUACUUGGGCACCUCGCUGCUGCUAUAUGUGGUGGGGCGCCUCUGCCCCGAGGAGUGGCAGAACCCCUACCCUUGCCAUGAUGAAGUAGAAGCGCUGGAGAACCAGUUCACGCUGGCCAACGCCUUGUGGUUCAACCUGGGCGCUGUGCUACUGCAAGGCUCCGAAAUAGCUCCCGUAGCGUACGGCACCCGCGCCGUGGCGAGCUGCUGGUGGCUGUUCGCGCUGAUCAUCACCAGCUCGUACACCGCCAACCUGGCCACGCUGCUGGCCAUGAAGUCCUCCAGCGAGCUCAUCCACAACGUGCAGGAGCUGGCCGACAACGACCUGGGCAUCACGUACGGAGCCAAGGAAGGCGGCUCUACAUAUACGUUUUUUCAGCACUCUCAGAACGAGCUUUACAAGAAGAUGUUCGAACACAUGAGCAAACACAAAAUGCCGCAGUCCAAUAACGAGGGAAUCAACAAGGUGCUGAACGAGUCGUACGCGUUCCUGGCGGAGUCCACCACCAUCGAGUACACGGUGGAGCGGAACUGUAACGUCACCAUGGUUGGAAACCUGUUGGACAGCAAGGGUUAUGGUCUCGCUAUGAAGAAGAAUUCCCCGUACCGCCAGGAAUUGAACCUGGCGCUGCUGCGGUUCCAGGAGGCGGGCAUCCUGCGCGAGAUGAAGCACAAGUGGUGGAAGGAGAUGCACGGCGGCGGCGCCUGCGAUGUAGCAGAACAGCACGCGAACGAGGAGCUUCGAAUGCGGAAUUUCCUUGGUCUGUUCUUGGUGUUGGUGGUGGGGUGCGCGCUGGGCAUCCUGGUGUCGUGCGUGGACCUGGCGUGGGCGGCCGCCAAGAGCACCCGCGCGCCCGGGGCCUCCUUCCUGCAGCGAUACUGGACCGAGCUCAGAUUCGUCUUCCGAUUUGAUCUGUCUGAGAAACCACUGCAGGGCCCGCUGCUAAGCGAGUCCAGCGGCUCGCCUGCGCCGGAGUCGCAGCAGGGCGAGGAGUCGCCCGAGGACGAGCGGCUGCGGGCGAUGUCGCUGCCGUCGGCGGCGGGCGCGGCCAGCCCGCGGCGCCGGCGCUCCUCCAUGCACGCCGCCAGCGUGCGCCUCGCGCGCCACGCCGCGCAGCGCUCGCACACGCCUACGCCGUCGCAACGAUAGCUGUACUCUGCUACAGGCCGCGCGGAAACACUAUCUUAAUGUUACAAUCUAUCCCGCGGGAAGUCCGGGAUAAAAAGCCUAUGUUUUAUUCUCUUUAGGUACCUACAUAACAAAUUUCAUCAUAAUCGAUUCAGUAGUAUUUGCGUAAAAGAGUAACAAACGUCCAUACAUACGUACACACUCACAAACUUUCGCAUUUAUAACAUUAGUAGUAUUUGUUUGGAUAUUUAAAUAAAGAAAAUCCAGGUAACUACGUAUUUUUAUUGAAAAUAACAUAAAACAAAAUAAAAUAAUAGUCAUAAUGAAUUCCAUUUCCUGUAAGUCAUAUUGUUUUUAAAGUGUUACUUACUUUUAUUUAAUACCUAAGCAAAUGGACUUCAUAUCUUAAAUCGGGAUCGGAGUUGCGAUCAGAAAUGAGUCUCAGAUAAAUAUCGCUACGAGGAAAACCUGCGAGCUACUAAAGUCUACAAGCUACGAAGUUCUACGAGCUACGAAAAGUUCUCCAAACUACGAAGAUCCAUGAAUAUACUGGCGCGUAACUGGUCGCCUUAAGUUAUGUGAAUUUAAGUAUCGUUUAAAAUUAAAUAGCAUUUUUUGUUAUUGUUACGAGUAUGAAAGGGUGACUUUCAUAAUUUUUCAAAUUGGAAAAACAAAUCAAAAUGUUGUUUGAAUAAGCAAGCGAAGCUCCUACACUGUUGAAAUAGACUGUUAUAUAACUUAUAAUAAUUAUAUUUAUUUUAGUUUUAUUUGACAAGCGUAGAAUUAUUAAUUAUUAAUAAGUACCUGUAUAAUAAUGUGUGCUGUGGAGUACUAAUCUAGACUUUUAGAUAAUAAAAAUACUA